CUGUAAUCUGCCAGUGCCGUCCGCGAGAGUGAGGAGAGCGUUCGUAGCCCCUCCUGUCUGUUCGCGAGAUGGGUUGUGGAAAAAGUGGAUCGGUGUGGAAAAUACCUCAUGGAUUUCUCUUGGUUGUUGUUCUUGUGGCGGAUGCAGUCAGCGGAGCCAGGCUGCGGAGACUGUCCCCCUUCCGCCUCAGCCUUGGGGGAGGAACCACUGUCGCCAUAGAGGGAUGGGGCUUCAGCGAGAACCAGUUCAGCCACUCCAACGCGACCCUGGGGAACCGAGUGGUCUUCGAGAACGAGGACGAGGCGGUCGAGUGCUCCGUGGUCUCCUUCCUGACCACUCCGACGAGGGUCGUGUGCAGCGCCGGGAAACCCCUGAGAGCGACUUCCGACACCGAAUACAGGGUUCGAGUCUAUGUGGACGGAGUUCGGGCAUCGGGAGAACUCACUGCUCUGUACGUGCGAGGCAGAACCCCCGUCGUGCAGAAGGUGGUCCCUCCCUGGGGAUUCCCCGGCCAGAGGGUGCUCCUGGUGGGCUCCUUCAAGACGGAAAAUAUUUCCGACCCCGCCCACCCGGAGGUCUCGCAGGCGCUCACAGGACCCCUUCUAACCAGGGCGUACCUCGGGGGAAACGAGUGCCAGCUGUACAACUCGACCUCGGGGGAAGUCUUGGGCCAACUCAGGCAGGACCAGCUGACGUGCACAGUGCCAGGGAGUGCCAUCGGACCCGCGAAUGCCUCCGUGUACGUCACCGAGUUGGGUGCCUCGGCUACUCUUGCCAGGGAUCUCUUGGUUGACUCGCAGGACCAGCUCUAUCAGUUCCAUGUUGCUCCUGGAGUGUCCAGCGUGUCGCCUCCAGCAGGUUCUUCGGCAGGCGGCUCUCUGCUCACCAUCCGCGGAGUAGGAUUUCACCCUCACCGGAAUGCCACCUCGGUGCGUGUCGGAGGAGCUGAGUGCAAGAUUACCAACGUUUCUGCAACAACCGUCACUUGCAUUGCUCCCCCGCGUUCGCUAACCACACCUGCGCCGGGGGAACGCGGCCUCCUGCUCGAGCUCUGGGAAGGCCAAUUCGCGCCGGACCUGCGCGACCGCCUCCGCCUGAGCGCCCUCACGCCGCACACGGACGGCUACUCCUCCUCCGUCGUCACUGACCUCGACUUCAAGAUCGACGCCAAGAUGACCUUCGUGGCCAAGUUGACGGGGUACUUCCACGCUCCACAUGACGGCUCGUUCACGUUGGCGGCUUACGUGCCCACUCGCUACGGCACAUCCUGGCUCGCUUACGUGGCUGCGGACGGCGACCCUGACAAGGCGAUGCCACUACCCAAGUGGGGUAGCGUGGAACUGAAAGCAGACACGCCGGCUUACCUGGAGGUGGUGAUAAGCGGCCGCAAAGCAGGGGUCCGUCCCACGAGGGUGCUGAUGGCGGACCACAACGGCAGGUUCAACAGCUGGCAGACGUCUAUGGCCACGAACGAGCGGCAGAGCAUCAUCCUCGAGCCACGGGUGAAGCACGAGGUUCAGAGGGUGACCUUCAGUGGCCAGCCGGGUAGCGUCAGGCUCUUUUUCCAUGGCGCGACCUCUGACCCCGUUGACCUCUCUGAUGACGAGGAGGUGCGGUCGGCAGUGCUAUCUCUUGUGGGGCGGAAGUGCCAAGUCCAGAGCGAAGGGAAAACAAAAGAAAUACACUUUGCGACAGGCUUCGAAGAGGGAGAACGAUUGCCUUUGGGCAUGACGGCCAAGGUGGUCAACAUGCUCGAUGCAUUCUGCGGCAGGUGUAGGCAGCCAAAGACCACUUCCCAAAAAAAAACUGCGCUGCGACUGAAACAGCUUCAGCAACAGCUUACAGCUUUAGCUUUACGACAGCUUUACAACAGCUUUACGACAAACAGCUUUACGACAGCUUUACACACUUUACAACACAACACGUUAUGGAAUUCGAUGGUUAUAUCUCACAGGAGUCUGAGUAGAAACCGUCGUUAUUUUACGUCCACAAAGAACCAGUAUGCGGGGCGAAGCGAACACACUCGAACGCAGUCCAGGGCGGCGAUGGACAAGGCGCUCUCAACUCGGGCUGCGGAUUCAAUGGAAGUCAUUGGCUUCAUGUCAAAUAAGCCACGACAGCUGUAA